AUGUCCGGAGGCAACAUCGCAGGUUGGGUCGUAUUUACGAUCAUCACCAAAAGAAUAUCCACAAUUGCUCCGUCUUGUUUGCUCAAUGUGAUGUCAUUGAGUGUGGCUCAUGUGACGCAUGUCGGCUCCUCAUCACCGCCAUUCGCUCCAGACGGCUUUUUGACGCGAGAAAAAGCGAAAAGUGAAGUAGCGCGAUCGACGCUUUCCAACAGACCAUUCCACCAAAGGUCGUCAUUCCUCCUAAAUCCCACCUCCUAUCACUCUCCUUUACCACUUCUCCUCACCAUCUCGCCGUCUCGCCGUCUCGCCGUCUCGUCGCCUCGCUGUCUCACCGUCUCCACAUUCUACCGCUUUAGUCUGAAAUGUACAUGGUCACAUGAGAUGGCAAGCUCUCAUGGCUGGCCGAAGCCGCCCACCCAGCCGGCCAGAUGCCUCGGCUACAGUUAG